AUGAGUGCGAAGACUUUGGUGAAGAUCGCAAGUGUUGCGAGCGGUGUCGCUGUUAUUGCGUGUUUGUUUACCGUCGGGUAUAUUUUCAACGAUAUCAACGCGUUCUAUGAUGAUGUUAUUGAUACUAUGACUGAGUUCAAGGUAAGGAUCGGGAGGUUUUAAGAGCUCUUCUGAAACUUUCCUUUUCCAGUACAAUGAACAACAAGCCUGGACUUCAAUGGUUCAAACCACCCGUCCAUCAGAAUCUGUCUUCGGUCGCAUCAAACGUGGAGUCAUCAAGCGUCAAGCAGCUCAAUGUAACUGCGGAGCUCGUGCUAACAAUUGUCCAGCUGGACCACCAGGACCACCAGGAACACCGGGAGCUCCAGGAGAUGCUGGACUUCCAGGAGCCGCUGGUAAACCAGGAGCCAAUGGUGUCACUAUUGGACUUAUUGGAAAUGACGGGCCUUGCAUCAAAUGUCCAGCUGGAUCUCCAGGACCAGCCGGAGCGCCAGGAGCGCCGGGACCAGUUGGACCAAAUGGGCAACCAGGAGCCCCAGGAUUUGGAGGAGGUGCUGGACCAGCUGGACCACCGGGACCUGCCGGAGAUGCCGGAACACCAGGAGCACCAGGAAACGCUGGACAACCAGGAGCACCAGGACAAUCUGGACAACGUAGUCGAGGACUUCCAGGACCAGCUGGACCACAAGGACCACAAGGACAAGCCGGAGCUCCAGGAGCACCAGGAAAUGCUGGAGGCCCAGGAGCCCCAGGACAACAAGGAGCGCCAGGACCAAAUGGACAACCAGGACAAGCCGGAGGGCCAGGACCAGCUGGAACACCAGGAAAUCCAGGAGCACCAGGAUCAGAUGCCGCCUAUUGUCCAUGCCCAGCCAGAAAUGUUGUCAAACACCGCAAAGUCUUCCGCAGACGUAUGGCCAAGGUUUCCGCAUAA